CCUGAAAGAACAAUACUGUAUUUAAAACGAAGAAAAAUUUUAUCUAAUAUAAACUUACCAGUGAUUCAAUGGGAAGUGUAGGCCUGCUUUUUGGCUGAUGAGAUACUCAAGUUAAUGAGGAUUGUUGUGUGCCUUCAAGAUGUUCCAGACUUAGGGCGACCUUGGAGUGCCACAUUUGGCCCACAGCCCCUAGUUUGGGAACCCUUGAUCUAGAAUCUAGAAUCAAUGUAGUUUGACAUCACUGUAACUGCCAUGACUCAAUGUUAUGGAAUAAUGAAGAUUGCAAUUUUACAAGGUCUUUAGCCUUCUCUGCCAAAGACUAUUGGUGCUCCCACUAAACUGUAACUCCAAGGAUCAUUGGCCAUGGUCACUGGAGAAUCCUGGAAGCUAUAGUUCAAAAAAAAAAAAUCAUUUCUGGGCUUUGUGCUGCUCAUGGAGCCUGUUCUGGCUCAUACCAGCUCAACCUUGCCUUUUCCAUCCAGGAGAGUUUCUUACUGGACAUGCCAAGUUAAUGUCUAACUGAAAGAGGAGUUAUGGCCCAAGAGGAGUUAUGGCUGGAAGGGCCAAAGGUGGAAGUUUAGAGACACAUGGCCAGUGAAGGUUAUAAAGAAAGGAAGAGGAGGAGCUGGAAAGAAAAUCUGUUGUUAGGCUGCGUUUUGCACAGGAGAAGAGCACAAAGGGAAGGAAGCAACUGAAAACAUGAACAAAACUAGCAGGUCUUCUCAAAGCAUCCUCCCCCAAGGUUAUGCAGAUCCCAAGAUGCCUUCAUGGCCUUUGAGUUGCUUGUUGGCUUUGCAGCAUCUCUUGGUCCAGGUGUCUUUCCUCUGUAUCAUAUACUUUCUCUUUAUCACCAACUUACCACGUGAGAAAAUGAAUGGCAUUCCAAGUUGGGAUGAAUUGCUUGCACGCAACCUCUUUGCCUGUGGCAUUGCUACAGCCUUGCAAUGUGGAUUAGGUUCCAGAUUGCCACUCAUUCAGGCUCCAUCCUUUGAGUUCCUUAUCCCUGCCAUGGCAUUGAUUCAACAUGUGGUUCCCAGCCUCCAAUCAAAAGGAAACAGCACUGAGGCUACUGAGAUCUGCAUUGGACCGCAUUGUGAAAACACAGGAAACUGGCAUUGGGUAUUCUGUGAGAUCUCUGGUGCUGUGCUGGUCUCGGCCCUGGUUCAGGUGGUGCUGGGGCUGUCAGGUGCUUGUGGGUGGAUUGUUCAUCGUUGUGGACCUAUGGUUCUGGCGCCGAGCCUUUCUAUCAUUGGACUUUCAGCAUACAGACCUGCUGCUCUUCUCUGCUCAGAGAACUGGGGAGUUGCCUUGCUGCUUGUGUUGCUGAGUGUCUUACUAUCCCAGCACCUGGCUUCCUGCCAUUUGCCCCUCUGCCAAUGGACCCCAGCAAGAGGGUUCUCUGUAAGAUUGAGAGUCCCAGCCCUGCAUAUGUUUUCGAUACUGCUGCCAUUCUUGGGGAUCUGGCUUGUCUAUGGGAUUCUGAGAUCUGUUCCAACAUCAUGGGAGAUGCUACAUCUUUCCGCACACCACCUGACCUUCACCAACAGCACCUUGCAGUCCCCAUGGAUCAAGAUUCCUUAUCCAGGAGAGCAGGGCUGGCCAACACUUAGCACCCGUGCAGCGGGCACUGGUGUUGCCAUGGGUAUCAUUGCAAGUGUGAACUCUGUUGGUUGCUAUUUGCUAUGCAGUAAAGCCCUAAGGCUUCCAGUCCCACCACAACAUGCAUGUAACAGAGGACUCUGUGCAGAGGGGGUUGGCAGUCUUCUGUCUGCUGUACUUGGGAGUGUUUCUGGAACUGGAUCCAGCAUGUCCAAUACUUGUGCUGCCCGUCUGACCAAGACUACUUCAUCUUGCUCAGUGUGGCUUGCUGCAUUGGCGUGUGUGCUCUUGGGCCUGUCUCCCAGGCUCAUGGGACUGCUGACCACUAUUCCUCUGGGAAUUCAUGGAGGAGUGCUCUGCGUGACAUACAGUGUGGCUGUGGGCACCGGCAUCUCCUAUUUCCAAUACACAGACAUUGACUCUGGCAGGAACAUCUUCAUUGUGGGCUUCACCAUGUUCAUGGGACUGCUGGUUCCAAGGUGGCUCUUUGCUGCACCAGGGUCACUGCGCACAGGUUGCAUCCCUGUGGAUCUCUUUCUCCUUUCUCUGCUGAUGGACCCUACCUUUAUAACUGGGUUCCUUUCCUUCUUCUUAGAGAACACAGUCUCAGGCACCCUGCAGGAACGUGGACUGCUCAACCACUUAUCCUCAUGCAAAGAGGAGGCUGGAGAGAAUUUCCUGCCACAGAGACAGAAGGGCUUUGCACAAGGAUACGAGCUGCCUCUAGUUCUGCAACGAUGUCUAUCGCAUCCAUGGUGCAAAGGCUUUCCUUUGUGUUUUCUCUGUCCCCUGGAGAAGGAAAAGGGGGAGGUUGUGAACAGUUACCCACUGGAUGAAAUGCACCGUUCUGAAGGUGAAACCACAGAUUUUCUACUGAGACAGGAAACAGUGAAGCUUGAGUCAGAACUGCACUCGGAAUUAGAGCAAGAGAGUGGCAUGAUGCAAGACAGUUUGGAAAACCAUAGAUGUGGCAAACCAGCAGCUCAUGAAAUGCGCCCCCUGUGCUGAUCUUGAAGAGUGUCCUUGCUUUGAAAGAAACAAUAUGCAAGGACUAGUACUCAGAAAUCUGUUAAGUUUGGCUUUAUAGACAAUAAUGGAGAAAAAACUGAAGUCCAGUCCAUGGGGAAAGAAACACUCCAUUAGAUCAGAGUCAUGGCAUACCCAUGUGUCUAAAAAGGUCUGUCAGCAUUACCUCUUUGGGUUUAUUUUUUUUUCCUUUUGCCUCUUCUGCUUGUGGGAAUGGACCUGUGCCAGAGCAUGUGGUCUCAGUUCUGAAGGCAAAUGACUCAUCUGUACUAGGACACACUAGGGCAGAGCUUUCCAAACAUUUCAUGUUGGUGACACACCAGUUUUAUGUAUGGAUCAUUUCAAGACACAUUAAUUCAAACCGGAAAUUAAAUAAGCCCCAAACACAAAUAUUAUUAUAAUAAAAUGUAUAGGGACACAACAUAUCUCAUGAAAAUCUUUCAUUUAGUUUUUAAAACAAUAUGAUUUAUUGCCUCUUUUACAUAGACUCAAAGGUUUCUUAUUAUGUUCAUGCAUCACACACACUGCAGCCGACACACUAAUGUGUCGCAACACAGUUUGGAAAGGUUUGCACUAGUUUUCAGGAUGGAAUGAAUUUUCAUUUUCUGUACUUAAGCCCUAUCAUGUCACAAACUUAAAUACAAGGGAAGAAUCUUCCCACCCUAUCUCACAGUCUUGAGUCUAUAGGUCACUGUUUCAUUGCUUGCUUACCAAUAAGAGAACCUCUGUCAGUUCUCUUUAGGAUCUAACUUUAGGUGAUCACAACCAAAGGUUUAAAUGUUACUUUUCCCACAAGGCACAGAAGGUCCACUGAAUAGCCUUUCAUUGCUUUUUAUCUUGUUUUAGCAAAGUUUUGGAUGGGCAGCUUCUGGCCUCUAUAUGUUGUUGGGUUACAGCUCUCAUCAGUCCCAUCCUACACAGCCAACAAUGAAUGUGUUGGGAGUUACAACCCAGCACAACACACAGAGGUCCAUAAGUUGCCCACACUGCAUACAGCUUAUUUCAUGAACCCUGGCCAUACAGGAAGAGACAAGGCAUUCUGCACAUCCACUUUCUCAAUACUGGAGGGAUUUUCUUUCUUUUUAAAAAUGGUUUUUAUUGAAGGUUUUUUGGACUAGGAAUACAUCAAGAGGAAUUGUCAUUAUGAAAUCCCCUUAAACAGGACAAGUAAGUUGAAAACUGAACUUUUGCUUGCAAACCAUGCUCUGUGUCACCAAACUCCCUUGACUUGUGAAAAGGCAGAAAAAACGUUUGGCUUUGGUGGAAGAACUUUUGGCUGUAAUGGAAAGGGCUUGGGUAACUUGUUUUUCUCUCAGUACCCUGGAUAGUCAUAUGAAUAAAGUUAAUCAGUAAGCCAUUAAAUACACACAGGAUGGAAUAAGCCUGUACUCACAAAUACAAAUUUGGCUCACAGUAGAUUUGCUUACAACAGUGGUUCUCAACCUGUGAGUACCCAGAUGCUUUGGCCUUCAACUUACAGCUGGUAAACUGGUUGGGAUAUCUGGGAGUUGUAGGCCAAAACACCUGGGGACCCACAGGUUGAGAACCACUGACUUACAAGUUUCCAAUAUGCUGGCUUAGUUCCAUCUUCACGGGAUGACCAUAACUUAAGUCUUAUCCUUAGGUCACCCUGCAGGCCUAACUGAAUUACGAUGCAUUACUACAGAGAAAAAGAAAACAUGCACAUUUUCCUUGUGGAAUUUCCAGGGGAAAAAUGCUAGAAGAAAUUAUGUUUUUAAAUUGUUUGUUUCAUUAUUUCAUUUUAUUGCAUGGUAGGAUGGUCUACAAAAAUAAAAAAUAAAGACAUGAA